CAUGCCAUUUUUGGGCCAAGACUGGAGAUCCCCUGGAUGGAGAUGGGUUAAAACAGAAGAUGGAUGGAAACGAUGUGAACCUUUCAGUCCUGCACUUGAGGAUGGGAAUAAUCAGCUGAAUGAGAUCAGCCGCACUGUCAUCAUAACUGAUGAUGAUGAGGAUGAAGAAAUAUACAGUACUGAAGAUUGUGAGUUUGCAGCCAAGAAAAGGAAAAAAGACCAUUUUAGGAGUAACACAGAUUCACAAUGUUUUUAUCGUGAAAAAUGGAUUUAUGUUCAUAAAGAAAGCACCAGGGAAAGACAUGGCUAUUGCACUUUGGGAGAAGCUUUUAACCGCUUAGACUUUUCAAGUGCAAUUCAGGACAUCAGAAGGUUCAAUUACGUGGUCAAACUUUUGCAGUUAAUUGCAAAAUCCCAGUUAACUUCACUGAGUGGUGCAGCACAGAAGAAUUACUUUAACAUUUUGGACAAAAUUGUGCGGAAGGUCAUGGAAGACCAAUAUAAUCCACGAUUAAUCAAAGAUCUCCUACAGGAUCUGAGUUCUACUCUCUGUAUACUGAUUAGGGGAGUAGGAAAAUCUGUGUUGGUAGGGAACAUCAAUAUUUGGAUUUGUCGAUUAGAAACUAUCCUUCUGUGGCAACAACAACUAAAAAACCUUCAGAUGAACAAGCAAGUCAACAAUGGUCUUACGCUUAGCGAUCUCCCUCUCCACAUGCUGAACAACAUCCUAUACAGGUUCUCUGAUGGCUGGGACAUUAUUACUCUGGGUCAAGUGACCCCAACUUUGUACAUGCUCAGCGAAGACAGACAGUUGUGGAAAAAACUCUGCCAGUACCAUUUUGCGGAAAAGCAGUUUUGUAGGCAUUUGAUUCCAUCAGAGAAAGGUCACAUUGACUGGAAGCUGAUGUACUUUGCACUUCAGAAAUACUACCCAAUAAAGGAACAGUAUGGGGACACCUUGCAUUUCUGUCGACACUGUAGUAUUCUGUUUUGGAAGGAUACAGGACACCCCUGCACAGCCAGUGAUCCAAACACCUGUCUCAUGCCAGUAUCUCCUCAGCAUUUCAUUGAUCUCUUCAAAUUCUGAGAUGUUCAGUAGCUGUUCUCCUGUGUUUGUGGCCAUUUUUGUGAAGUCAGGCAGGAUACGUUAUGCUUUUUUGUGCAAUAUAUUUAAGUGUAAUGUUUUGUUGUAGUUUAAAAAAAGAGAUACGGGGGAGAUUCUC